GCGAGACAGAUUGGGGAGAAUGGCUGCCAGUGGAGACGUUGGAAAGCUGUUACAAGUACAGAAUGGGACUCCAGCAAGCACAAGCUACAAUGGGGUAGAUGCCCUACAUGCCUGUAACAUCCUCCAGCAGCUUAAAGCCUUGUACGACGAAGCUCAGCUGACUGACAUUGUCGUGGAAGUGGACCAUGGCAAGACAUUCUCUUGUCACAGAAAUGUCCUGGCUGCCAUCAGCCCUUACUUCAGAUCCAUGUUCACAAGUGGCCUUACAGAGAGCAGUCAGCGGGAGGUGCGAAUUGUUGGAGUGGAGUCGGAGUCAAUGCAUCUUGUUCUGGACUAUGCUUACACCUCACGGGUCACCCUCACUGAGUCUAACGUGCAGGCCCUGUUCACUGCCGCCAGUAUCUUCCAGAUCCCAGCACUCCAAGACCAAUGUGCCCAGUUCAUGAUCAGCCGUUUGGACCCUCAGAACUGCAUUGGGGUCUUUAUGUUUGCAGAUGCCUAUGGCCACCAGGAGUUGCGGGAGCGCUCGCAGGACUACAUCCGCAAAAAGUUCCUAUGUGUGAUGGGAGAGCAGGAGUUCCUUCAUCUGACCAAAGAGCAGCUGGUCAGCAUUCUAAACAGUGAUGAUUUGAACGUGGAAAAAGAAGAGCACGUGUACGAAAGCAUAGUACAUUGGUUGGAAUAUGACUGCCCGCGCCGGGAGGCAGAUUUAUCUGAGGUUUUUGCUAAAUGCAUCCGCUUGCCCCUCUUGGAUGAAGCCUUUCUGAGCCGUAUACCCCCAGCCUUUGCCCUGGCGUUGUCCAAGGAUUCCUCUGAUAAGAGCCGACUCAAUGGCACCAAUGGCUGCUCACAGCGUCUGGGUAUGACUGCAUCCGAAAUGGUGAUAUGCUUCGACGCAGCUCACAAGCACUCAGGGAAGAAGCAGACCGUGCCUUGCCUGGACAUUGCUGCUGGGAAGGUGUUCAAGCUCUGCAAGCCACCCAAUGACCUCAGAGAGGUCGGCAUCUUGGUCUCAUCCGAGAACGAUAUCUUCAUCGCUGGAGGCUAUCGGCCAAGCAGUAGCGAGGUGUGCAUUGACCACCGUGCAGAGAGCGACUUUUGGCAGUACGAACAUGCUGGGAACAGGUGGCUCCCACGUUCACCCAUGCUGCGGGCACGCAUCGGCUGCAGGCUAGUGCACUGCUGUGGGAAACUCUUUGCUCUUGGUGGUCGAGUUUAUGAAGGGGACGGACGAAAUGCUUUAAAAUCUGUGGAGUGCUAUGAUGCUAGAGACAACUGCUGGACAGCAGUGAGUCCCAUGCCUGUGGCCAUGGAGUUCCACAGUGCAGUAGAAUAUAAGGACCGCAUCUAUGUACUGCAAGGAGAGUACUUCUUCUGUUUUGACCCUCGCAAAGACUACUGGGGGCAUUUGCCGGCCAUGAAUGUCCCCCGUACUCAAGGUCUGGCUGCCUUGCAUAAACACUGCAUCUACUACAUAGCAGGCAUCUGCAGGAAUCACCAGCGUACGUUCACUGUGGAGGUGUACGACAUCGAGCAGAACACCUGGUGCCGAAAGAGAGACCUCCCCUUUGACCAAGCAACCAGCCCCUACAUCAAGAUCCUCCUCCUCCAGGGUCGUUUGCAUCUGUUUGUUCGAGCUACACAAGUCAUGGUAGAAGAGCACGUGUUUCGCACCAGCCGCAAGAACUCUCUUUACCAGUAUGACGAUGAAGCAGACCAUUGGACAAAAGUCUACGAGACGCCGGAUCGCCUCUGGGACCUUGGCCGCCAUUUUGAAUGUGUGGUGGCCAAACUAUACCCUCAGUGUCUUCAGAAAGUGCUGUGAGCGGCGAAAAGAAGAUUGUGACACGACGUGCUGUUUGAAAUGGCUGAAAAAUAUUUUUGAAGAAGGGAAUGGUGAUGCUGUUCCAUACAUGGUGCUGUCUGUGUCCCCAACUCAAGAACUGGAGGGGAAGUCUUAAAAGCGUUAAUGGUUUCAGUCAAUAAACUUGAGGGUGCUGUUCGAAAAAGUAAAAAAAAACAAAAAAAACAUUACAUUCGACACUUGUGAACAAAGCACCCACACUGUUGCUUGCUUUACAGUUAGAUAAAAUGUCAUAAGUGCAAUUAUAAUAUUUUUUGCUGAUGUUGAGUAAUUUCUGCUCAUAUCUUUAAAUUGUAAGUUGAGUAAGGUUUUUGUUGUUUUGGCAUGCAGUGUUGAGGGACAGGAACAGUUAAGGACAAGCAGUAUGUCAACAGCAGAUAGAUAAAAAAUUAAAAUAGGUGAGAAUAAAUAUAUAAAGCUAUAAAUAUUCAUACGGGUAUGAUGAGCUAUUUUGCUCACUGUUAGUGUGAAUACUGAAUUUUUAUUUUCAGAAAUGUCAGGUUUCCUGGAUUAUAAAUAGGUCCUCCAUGCGGCCUACUAAGAGACUGUGUGGUUUGCUUGAGAAUUUAGUGAGUAGAGGAUUUUGCUUAGCAAAUUAAUUUGGUUGCCAAGAUCUACAUGUAGGUGGCUGUUAUUUUAAAUUAUUCACCCCCCCCCCCCCCCCCUUUUAAGAGUCAACUAUUGUGCUAUAUGACAUUACAGCAGUUUUUAAUUUUCAUUUGGAUUCUAUUUUUAUGGUGCUUAGAUGAGUCCAGCUCCCUUGUUGAAAUCUAUAUCUUUGCAAUCUCGCAUCACCAGCCAGAUCUUUAGUGAGGUUACAAAAUAAUACUCAGUCUCCAUAUUGGAGAAGAGAAAGGAUACAAGCUUUGUGUAGCUGAAAUCAAAAGCAGGCAAUUUGUUGACAGCCAAAACACAACAAAAGAAAUUAGAUAAGGACAGGAGAGAACAUAGAUUAGGUGGAGAUGGUGAUAGUUGGCCAAAAUGUGGAUUCUAAAUGUUCCACUACCAUUUAUUGAAAGACUCCUCAUUGCGGGUGCAGUUUGAUUAAAAUGCCUACAAAAUGCCAAAAUAUGUUCAAGGUGUUCUAACCUGAAUCCCAUGGCAGCAAUAAUGGGUGUGUCUGUCGAUGUUCCUUAGAUAAAGUGCAUUAGAAACUUAAGUGUACCUGCAAUUAAGUUUUCAGUAAUAAUUCCAGAAACAUGGCCUUUGUUUUGCUUUUGUGGUUAGAGUUAAAGUUGGGAGUCAAUAAGCUGUUUUGAAGUUUUGCUAGAGAAGUUUGCAGAGAUGUCACAGUGCCUGACUGCCUGUUAAGAAAAAUCCAGGCAUCAGACAUCAGUCCUUGGCUUAGUGAUGGAGAGAGUAAAGCAUAUGUCUUAAGUUACAAAUGGUUUUGCACUAAGGUGCUUUUGACUUUAGAAAAGGCCUAUUUUACAAACUAAUCCAGUCCUGUUAAAUAAGUUUCCAUGGAGUACUCAACAAUCCCUGUAAAAGAACAGACUUUUUCUAUCCACCCCCAUCUUUCAGUCUCAUACUAUAGAGAAUUGUUUUUGGUGCUGCUUUUUUGACAAUCUUGUACAGAAUAUACAUCGAUUUUACAGCCAUUUGUUAAAGGAUUUGUCAUUGCUCUUUACCUCCAAAAGUCAGUCUUAUAAGUUAUUGUCUAACAAGAUCUGUUUUGUUAUAUUUCUGGACUCGUGUAUUUUGUUAUAUGGAGGUUCCAUCUGGCACACCGAUUUUGCACUACAUUAUCUCCUCCCAUGAAUAAUUUUCCAUUGUAAAUCUCAGAAUACAGCAUUCUGUUUUCAGACAUGGCGACUGAGGACAUAGUAAACGCCACCUUUAAAUGGGACUGCUGAUGCACUCGCGUUUUGGGUUGUACUCUUUGGCACCUGCAAACGGAGCCUCAUCUGUGGCUUUGGUGAAGGGAUGAGAAAUUGGAUUGGCUUUAGUGCAGUUGCCUGCAUGUUCGUUCACACUCAAAUGCUCAGUAGCACGGGAACCAGAAACGGACUCUUCUCAGGAUUAAUAUUGAUACACAGUACUGUAUUUAAAUGGUUUGUUACGUGUAAUAUACUGUACUAUAUGUUUGCUGUACUUGCACAGUUUUUUUAAGGAUUUCUUUGUCCUUUUUCCCAACUUGAAUAAUAGAUUUUUUUGGUAUGUUUGUUUUCUUUCUUUGAGAUGGGUGUUUUUUUUUGUUUUUUUUUUUCUCUAUUUUUAAUAUGUACUCUUAGGUUUGUUAGGAUUUAUAAUUUUGCUCUGUUAAACAAAUUGUUCAUCACAAAUAUGGACAUCAACACAAGAAUAUUUUUUUUCAUUGUGUUCUUUGGUUUCUUUGUGAUUGCAUCAGUAUUAAAGAACACAAAGCAUUACUGAAAAUGAGUUAACACAGUGCUACUUUCCAAAACACCAGUCUGUCUAGAUGUAAAAAAAAAAAAGGAAAAAGAAAAAAAAGCGUUGAUAGAAUUUAUAAAUUAUACAUUUUGUGUCGUUUGAUGCUGCAAGUGUGAACGCUAUACAGCCACUUCUUUAAUCUUCCAGCUUGCAGUUAAUUUAUCUACAAAAGUUAGACAAAACAGUGUUUUAAUUUUCUUUGCAUUAUUGUUUUCAUUGUUUCUUUGGUUUGCUUGUAUGUAUGGUGUGAGAGUUUAGUAAAUAUUCAUUGAUCUCUACUGUGAAAUUCACCUUGCACAUAAUUUGAAAAUUAAACAAAAAGUUAGAAGA